AUGUACAGGUCUCUCGCCCUCGCAUCGCUCUCCCUCUUCGGGGCCGCCCGCGCUCAGCAGGUUGGCACGCAGCAGACUGAGACUCACCCCAAGAUGUCUUGGAAAACCUGUACUGGUACCGGUGGCAACAGCUGCACGACCAAGUCUGGGUCCGUUGUCCUCGACGCCAACUGGCGAUGGUCCCACGUCACCAGCGGAUAUACCAACUGCUUCGAUGGCAACUCGUGGAACACGACUUCUUGUCCUGACGGCACCACUUGCACAAAGAACUGUGCUAUCGAUGGUGCUGAUUACUCUGGUACCUACGGUAUCACCACCAGUAGCGACGCUCUUACCUUGAAGUUCGUCACCAAGGGCCAGACCACGACCAACAUUGGCUCGCGUACCUACCUCAUGGAAACCGACACCAAGUACCAAAUGUUCAACCUCAUCAAUAAGGAAUUCACGUUUGAUGUUGAUGUCUCCAAGUUGCCUUGCGGUUUGAACGGUGCUCUAUACUUUGUCGAGAUGGCUGCCGAUGGUGGUUUGAACAAGGGCAACAACAAAGCUGGUGCCAAGUAUGGAACCGGCUACUGCGAUUCUCAGUGCCCUCACGACAUCAAGUUCAUCAACGGUGUCGCCAACGUCAAGGGAUGGAACCCCUCUCCCAAUGACCCGAACGCAGGACAAGGUGAGAUCGGGGCUUGCUGCCCCGAGAUGGACAUCUGGGAGGCCAACUCCAUAUCCACUGCUUACACUCCCCAUCCAUGCAAGGGCUCUGGUCUGCAAGAAUGUACGGGCACGGCGUGCGGUGAUGGUGACAACCGCUAUAACGGCAUCUGCGACAAGGACGGCUGUGAUUUCAACAGCUACCGCAUGGGUGUCCAGGACUUCUAUGGCCCAGGCAAGACCCUCGACACGACUAAGAAGAUGACAGUCGUCACUCAGUUCAUCGGCUCUGGCUCCAAGCUCUCUGAUAUCAAGCGCUUUUACAUUCAGGACGGCAAAGUCUUCAAGAACUCCGACUCGACUGUCUCAGGCGUCACCGGUAACUCAAUCACUGACAAGUUUUGCGAUCAGCAGAAGAAGGCCUUUGGCGACACCUCGUCGUUCAAGACCCUGGGUGGUCUCAACGAGAUGGGUGCUUCGCUUGCCCGUGGUCACGUCUUGGUCAUGUCGCUCUGGGACGACCAUGCCGUCAGCAUGCUCUGGCUCGACUCCACCUACCCCACCACUGCUGAUCCCGCGAAGCCUGGUGUUGCCCGUGGUACCUGCGCCACUGACUCUGGCAAGCCUGAGCAGGUUGAGAAGGACUCGCCCGGUGCGACGGUCAUCUACUCCAACAUCAAGUUUGGUCCUAUCGGCUCUACUUUCGCUCAGCCCGCAUAG